UAUUAAAAUAUGCAAUACGUUGCAACGUGUGCUCGACUUGCAUAGCGAAAAUUUAACGCAUCGGAGUCGUUUCGCAUGAGGAAAGUGACUUUCCUUAAAGGAUACGUUAGUUGAUGGAUGGUCGCACUUGACAACGGGCCGCGCUCAAGAAAAAGAAAAAAGGCAAUGGCGAGCUUCAUUAAUUCGACGGCGAAUUUCAUCAACAAUGCAUACGACUACUACCUCUGGACGUUAUCUCUCGCAGACGAGAGAACGAGGGGAUGGUUAUUGGUUGACUCGCCAAAACCAACGUUAAUGUACACGAUACUGUAUCUCCUAAUUGUUUGGGCGGGUCCUAAGGCUAUGAAGAAGCGGAAAGCUUUCCAAUUAAGAUGGACACUGGUGCUCUACAACCUUGCCAUGGCCUGUCUCAAUGCUUACAUUGCCAUUCAGUUGUUUGUAGCCUCUACAAGAUUACGGUAUAGUUAUGUGUGUCAGCCAAUAAGGCACAUCACGCGUCCCGAUGAACUUCAGAUCGUCCACGCAGUUUGGUGGUACUACUUCAGCAAGCUUCUGGAAUUCUGUGACACGUUCUUCUUCAUUUUACGGAAGAAGGACAACCAAUUGAGCUUCCUCCACGUCUACCACCACUCUACCAUGUUUUCAUUAUGGUGGAUCGGUAUCAAAUGGGUACCGAGUGGAUCCACUUUCCUGCCUGCAAUGGUAAACAGCUUUAUCCACGUGCUGAUGUAUUCGUACUAUGGACUCGCCGCGUUAGGUCCUUCAGUGACCAAGUACCUCUGGUGGAAGAAAUACUUGACGAUUCUCCAGCUCAUUCAGUUCACUACUGCCUUAAUUUUGGGCAUUAACGGUAUCCGAUCGGGAUGCGAAUUCCCUAUCUGGAUGCAGUAUGCUCUCGUAAUCUACAUGCUUUCCUUCAUCGUCCUAUUCGGAAAUUUCUACGCCAAAGCUUACAUCGCAAAGGGUAAACAAGUAUACGCGGAGAAGCGGCUGGAGAGGAUAAGGGCUGCCACUGAAGCAGCGGCAUUGAAUGCGAAGGACGACAGCACGCUCAGCAAUGGAAUUGUUACAAACGGAUACACGAAUGGUUACACGAACGGAGUGUCUAAGAAGAGUCAAUGAGGCCCUCUCUGAUGAGUCUCUCCGUCGACGUUAGCCCGAUGUAAACGACACUCGCGCAACGCAGAACAAAAAAAAAAAUAGUCACGGACAUUAGUAACAGAUAUAUAAUUGACGUCAAAGAUUGCGUCGCGAUCGAUAGCGACGAACGUCGAGAGGUAGUUCACCGUAAGACGAGAGAAAACAACAAGGAGACAAAAAAGGAAGAAUAAAAGAAAGAAGGAAGGGAAACAACAACAAUAAUGGGAACGAGAAAUAGAAUAUCGUUUAGACCACUCGGCGUACUACACUUGCUUGCGAAACGAUUUGAAUAAAUUGAUAUAUUAGUUCACAGACGUGUCAAAUACGAAUAACAAGACUUUUCAGGGAAAACCUUUGAAUGUUUAUAACUUUGUAAUAGAAAACGUAUAGACCACGUUUUUAAAUAGAAGUCACUUGACAUAUCUGUGAACUAAGUAUUGAUGUUUCGAUAAUGUUUGAUUUGUUUCCAAUGAAAUUAGAAUGACAUGAAAUGUUACAAUUACGAGGCACUGCUUACAGGCUUGCGUAAGCGGUUAUGACAGUAGCCGAAGUGACAGUGCACGGUGCAAAUAUUUGUCAUAUCCUUAUUUGAUAGGAAUGAAAUGAAGAUAAGAUAACUAUGCUUAAAAGAUUUGAUGAAAUUACAUAAGAAACAUCUAGGCAACUGAAUUGUGUUUUUGAUCAAAAAUGCUCAAAUUGUAUAGAAAGAUUAAUGUAUUUAAAUAAAUAUUUAAUCGUUAAAAAUGA